AUGUUUCUUGAAAUUUCUUCUCCAAGAAAUACGAACUGCUUCAAGAAAAGGGGAACAGAUGCCAACUACCGCAAGAAUAUGAAUUAUAACAAUCACUAG